UACCAAUAAUAACACACUAGCUAUAGCCUUUCACUUCAUCCAAUCACACCCACAUCUCUUCACUACUACUGUUCUUGAUUUUCACUCCUCCUCUUUCCUCUUUAUACUAUCCUUUCAUCUUCUUCCUUCUUUAUUUUUUAUUUUUUAUAAAAGUAGUGUCUUGUUAUCUUUCUUUUGCUUUGUUUAAUUAAAUGGCUGAAGGAUUUGAACCAUACCAUGUCCCACAACAAAGUAGAAGAGAUAAGCUUAGAGUUUUACUUGAUGAUAAUAAUAGUAAUAGUAGUAGUUUACAACUUCAAAAUUGUCAAGUCCCUCUUUAUGAUCCAUCUAUUGUAUUACCUUCAGAUUUGUCAAUUUUUCAAGAAAUUAAUGUCAACCCUUUUCUCUAUACACCUCAAAUUCCAAGGUUUCUUGAUCAGUCAGUAACUAUAGCUCACAAUAAUAAUAGUAAUAGUAACACAAAUGGUCAAGGUAAUUUAUCUCUGUCUUUGUCAUCUCUUCAUCAUGCUAGUAGUAGUACUGCUAAUACUAAUGAUUUGUCAUCGAAGAGUAUUACUACAACUACUAAUUGUGUCCCGUUAGGACCUUUUACGGGGUACUCUUUAAUUUUGAAGAGAUCAAAGUUCUUGAAGCCUGCACAAAUUUUGUUGGAAGAAUUGUGUGAUGUUGGCAAGGAAUUUUAUGUUGUUGAUGAUGAUGAUUCUACUUUGGUGAUGCAUCCUCCACAAGCUUGUAGUAAUGGAGAUGAACAAUUUGGGAAGAAGAAAACCAGGUUAAUUUCAAUGCUCGAUGAGGUAUACCAAAAGUAUACGCAGUACAAUGAGCAACUACAAAUUGUUGUGGCAUCAUUUGAAUCAGUUGCUGGAAUAGGGAAUGCAGCACCCUUUGCAAACAUAGCUAUAAAAACAAUGUCCAAACAUUUCAAGUGCCUUAAAGAUGCCAUCACUGAUCAAUUGCAAUUUACAACUACAAGCAAAUCUUCUUCUCAUCAUCAUGGUCAAAUUAAUUGUGAAAGAGUUGGAAUUUCUGGUAAAGGAAUGUAUUGCCAAAAACAAGAAACUCAACCUGUUUGGAGACCACAAAGAGGGCUUCCUGAACGUGCUGUGACUGUCCUUAGGGCUUGGUUGUUUGACCAUUUUCUUCACCCUUACCCCACGGACACUGAUAAAGUAAUGUUAGCCAAACAGACUGGCCUCUCAAGGAAUCAGGUUUCUAAUUGGUUCAUCAACGCAAGAGUAAGACUUUGGAAACCUAUGGUAGAGGAAAUACACAUGCUUGAAACAAGAGAAGCUGAUGAUAAAUCUUCGCAAAGGGAAGGACAAAACAACAACAACAACCACAAUAAUAAUCCGAAUGAACAUUUUCCUAUGAAUAAUUCACAUGCAUGUGAAAGUAGUACUCCAUCUAUAUCAACACCAAGAUUACUAGACGUUCCAUCAAAAAGAACCCGAAAUGACCUAGCAAAUAUUCCCAAUAAUAUUGGAGGCAUUGCGGAUUCAAUAAAUUUAUCAUAUGGAAAUAUGUCAACGGGGGUUGGUGGUGGCGUGUCCUUAACCUUAGGGCUUCACCAGAACUCGGGGAAUAUUGGUUUAUCAGAGCCAUUUCCGAUCAAUGCAGCUCGACGUUUUGGCAUCGAGAGUAAUACGAAUAGUACUGGAAGGUUUAUGUUUGGUGCAUUUGAUGAACAAAAUGGACAGUUUGGAAGAAAUAACACUAUGGUUGGUGGGCAGUUUUUGCAUGAUUUUGCCGGUUGAGGAAGAUUUUGUGCUUAUGCAUUACAUGGAGCACGAGGAAAGUUAAAGCAGGACGUCUAGUGUGACAUUGUUCUUAUGGACAUAUUACUUAUUCUACUCGGAAAGCUAUUUUCCUUUUGCUAUUAAUACUUGCUCUGCUAUUUUGCCCAAGCUUGGUUGAGGAAGAGUAGUUGGCCCGUUCUUUAAUUGGAGAUCCAUCGUGAUUUAGAAGGUAUAUUUCAACUUCAUGGUGUUUCUCUGGUUUUACUAGUAAAUAUUGUUUGUUUACACUUCAUUCCAAGAUUUAGUAGUAUUAGUUUGUAAUCAUGUAGUAUCUUAUUCUUCAAUUUCGCUAUCAUUUGGUGCUUCA